GGAAUCGGGGAGGAAGAUGGCGGUGUGGCGGUUGGUUGCGCGCGGAUCGGAGUGAAGCGGCGCGAGAGUGAGAGGCGAUGAGCGCGGGGCAGCCCCGCGGCUUCGACCUGCAAUCCGAGAGCGAGAAUGACAACGACACAGACAGCGGAGAGACUGACGAGCUUGAACCUGAAUGGCUGGAUGACGUGCAGAACAAUGGUGAGCUGUUCUACCUAGAGCUCAGCGAAGGCGAGGAGGAUUCAUUGAUCCAGGCUAUUUCAACUCCAGAGUCUCUGGCCAAUCGUGUCCGAUUCAGUGACAAGGUGGCAGAGAUUAUUGCUGAUAAAUCCAAGGAGGCUGGAAAACGGCAACACAGGCUUAAAAAACUGACAGAUAUUUUAAAAAAGAAAAAGCUGUUGUACACGCAUUCUUGUAAUAAAAGCAUUGGCAGCAAAGCAAAUGACGAGGGCAGCAGUCUGUCGCCAGGACCUCCAUCAAUAUUAAAACACCAAACGAACUCCAGAACUGGUGUCUCAGUUCAGAUAUCGUAUAAGGAUGUAUUUGUUUACAUCAAUCCAAAUAAACAACGCGAGAGUUCACAGGAUCAAGGGAGAAAGUUGUUAGAAGCAUUGGUGGGCAUUAUUCAUCAACCUUCAAGGAGAAAUGUCACUGCAACAGGAAGGCAAUCAGACAAGCCAAUAACCACCAAAGUGACCAGUGAGGAAAGGCUUGUGGUACAUGGUCUGCUUCAUAGAAGUAUUGCAAUAAGGUGUGGUCAGAUAUUGAUAGGUGAUGUUCUUCUUGCUGUAAAUGAUGUGGAAGUAACCACUGAGAACAUUGAGCAAGUCUUGUCCUGUAUACCAGGUCCAAUGCAGGUAAAACUCACCAUUGAAACCUCGAGCACUGAACGAUCAGGAGCCAACCUGUCUUUUGAGCACAACACAAAACAAACUACUGUUGUUAAUAAUCUGAUGAAGCUCUUGUGGGGUGAAGAUGCCCCCGAUUUCCAAAUGGGAAUUGGCAACAUUUCUCACAUUAUUAUGUACUUGAGUUUGAAGAUGGACUCUGAAAACUUAAAAGAAGAGCAAGAAAUUCUAUACCAGUAUCCAACAACUGAUGCAUCCCAAAAAUUAAAGAGUGUUCGGGGAAUAUUUCUUACCCUCUGUGACAUGCUGGAAAAUGUAACUGGGGGACAAAUUAUCAGUUCAUCAUUGCAGCUGAAUGGAAAACUUAUUCAUGUAGGUUAUUGGAAGGAAGGUAGCAACCUGCUGCUUGUGGGACUCCCUGCUGAAAGGGUUCCUCUUCCACAGCUUAGGAACAUGAUCAACAAUGUUGUGCGAAUCCUGCAGUUUAUGUAUAGCUCAUUAGACAGUGCUUUCUGUCAUUCAGAGAAUGUUCCUCGACUGGAUCAUUUUUUUAAGCUAUAUUUCCAGCGGGCCAUUCAGCCUGCAAAACUGAACUGCAGUGCCAGUGCCCAGUAUUACGAUGGCUACAGUGCAUUGUUUUUAGAUGGUAUUCCUGGAGUCCGCUGGCUAACAUUACCACAGGAUAUCAAGGUAGACAUCGAUACCACAUUGAGUGAUCUGGAAUCUGCAGACUUUGGAGAACUGUCUGAAGCUUAUUAUGACGUUCGCCGACUGUAUAUGAUACUGGGUUCCUGUCUGUUUUUCAAGGGUUACAUGAUUGGCAAUCACUUGCCAAAAGAUGAUCUCCUUGACAUUGCACUUUACUGCCAGCACUACAGCUUACUGCCUCUAGCAGCAGAGCAAAGGAUUGGUCAACUGGUCAUAUGGCGUGAGGUGUUUCCAUGGCGGCACCAUAAAUCAAAUCAAGAAGAAAUCAUUGAUGGAUACCAAGAGGCAGAAGGAAGAUACUUUUUGCUAAUUGUUGGUUUGAGACAUUUCAUAGUGUGUGUGCUGAUGCAAGCUGGAGGAUGUGCAAGCAAGGCAAAUGGAAACCCAGGGCCAGAUUGUAUAUAUGUUGACCAGGUUAAAGCAACCUUACUUCAGCUUGAGGGACUGGAGGCCUGUAUAAAAGACAGAUUGACAAGCCCAUCCACACCAUUCCUAUCAUGUGCCGAUUGGUUCCUUCCUUCUUCACGAGACCGAUUGGAAAGUAUCAGCAGCUCUCCCAUCAUCAGCAAGUUGCAAGGUUCAUCCAAAUCAACAUUAUCACCAGCAAGUCGGAGGACACUAUUUGGAGACUCCAGCCUGAGGACUCGGAAGUCAAGUCCUCCAAGGACCAUUGGAAUCUCUGAUAUUAGCAUUGAGGAACAGGGGGAUGCUGGUUGGCUCAAUAUGAACUUUAGUCCAUAUUUCACACCUGACUCAAUGAAGAAGCAACCACAAAGAGAAUCCCAGGGUUCUGGAAGGUCUGAUUGCACUGGAGGAAGUGGAAGUAUAUUUAAGAGUAAAAAGAAGCAAGGCACUCCCAAUCCAUUCUAUCUUGGAAGCAUGAAGAAGAACCUUUCUGAGACUGAGGCGAUGUACCAUAUUACAAAGUUGACAUCGGGCUCAGAAAAUACUCUGUUCCACUAUAUUUCUUUGGAAACCAUACAGGGGAUAUUCAUCGCUCCCACACAUACAGAUGUUGCACAACUCGGUGGUUCUAUCCACUCUCAGUUAAUCAAGAACUUCCAUCGUUGUUGCCUAUCAAUAAGGUCAAUCUUCCAACAAAACUCGGACAAACAGGCAAAAAAAUGCCCAGAUGGCAUCUAUAAUUCAACUCGGAAAGGUCUGAGGAAAAGUAGCUCAGGACUUGGUCUUGUCAAGGAGCAUGGAGUCUUAUUCCAGUGUAGUCCUGAAAAUUGGACUGAGCAGAAGAAGCUACCUCCUACCAUGGCUUAUUGGGUUGUCGGGAGACUCUUUGUAGAUCCUUAUCCUCAAGAGGUCUACGUGUGUUUCCAUGACUCUGUAGAAGAAGUUGCUGUGGAACUAGCUUUCAAACUCUCAUUUGGAUUGGUUACAUAACAUAAAUACAACUGCACCAAUUUCCAAAUAAGGAAAGCUUUGGACCACAAUUCAUAAAUGCAACUGCAGCACAAUUCAUUGUCCGUACUUGGAAGUGCAUGGCAAAAUUGGAUAUUUAAUUUUUCUCCGGAUAGUCCAUCAGCUGGAUAUUACAUCUUGAACAUUCAGGAGCAAUUUUGAUGAACAUUCAGUGAACCAAGGAUAUUAAACAAUGCUGAUUUAAAAUGUUUCAAUAAUGAAGGGAAUCUUUAUUUCUUUAAGAACCUGUUCUGCUAUCUUACAGGUUAAAUGAAAGAUAAUGGUUGUGAUAAUCUGUUUAUAUAAUUUUGUAAAUUCUUGUCACAGUUUAAUGUAAUCAUUGCACUCAAGAGAGUAUAGAUUUGUAUUGUGUGCAUUUCCUAUUAGAUUUUUGACUAUUAUGAAGCAUGAAGUGCAAAUUACUGCUUGAAAUGUGCCUUUCAAAGAGAAUCUAUAUGAUGAAUACAAAUUUAAAAUUUUUACAUGAAUAUAUCUGUUUCAAAUUGCCUGAAAUGAAAAGGCAAUUAAACCACGAAACAAUAUAUUGGCAAACAUUUGUUCAUAAUUAUAUUUUUCACUUUUGCUUUCUAUUACAUUUUCCAUCAAACAUAACUGAAAUUAGUGAUGUGGAUUGUUCCAUUUUCUCCCCUGAAGAAGGAAGCUUGGUUGUGAUCAGAAAGAAAAAAAAAUCAUGUUGUGGUUAAUAUUAUGAGGAAUAUUUAAAUUAAUAUUUAAUAAUUCUUUGAGGCAUAUGGGGAGGCCUAUGCCACAGCAAUGUGAUGUCAACUUCUGUUUCUUCCUCCCCCCCCCAAAAAAAAAACUUUCUCAACCAGAAACCUCCAGUACCUCCUCCAUUGAUGCGAUUAGAAAGUAAGUGU